AGGCAGAGUCACUGGGGGGAGUUGUGGGAGCUGAGGGCUGAGGGCCAAAGAUGGGACCAUGGAAAGAGAGGUCAAGAUUGUGGAAAGAGGAAAAAGUGUUGGAAAGCUGGUGUGCAUUGACUCUGAAAUCACAAAGGCUAGUAUUUGCGAGUGUAUUUGCGAAGAUAGUCAUCCAGGAGUUAAAAUGUCCAAGAAACAAAGGAGAAGGGCCUGAGAUUCGUGGACCCUGGAAACAGGGUGGCAGGUGAUGUGCUGAGGCGUGCAGGUUCAGAGCUGGGCUAUUUGGGGGAAGAGGCGAGACCCUGUGCUCUAGGGUCCUGCAGAGGGUUCAGGGAGGACUGUCUGGGGAUGGUCCCCCACCUCCACCGAGCUCUUGAUGAGGAGACAUGCCCCUGUCAUGCCCCUGUCACGGCCGGGGUCCACUGGGAACACUGACAGGUCCUAGGGCAGUGUGUUCCUUCCCUUUGCCCCCACAAGCCACAAGCGUGAUGUCAGGCUUCACUUUCUGGGGUUUGCAAAGUGGGUGGUCGCAGUAGGAUGGUUUCCUCCUACUGUGAAGAGCAUGGUAAGAUGUUGAAAUAGCUUCUUCACUGCACAUGUCCCCUCUCCCUGGGAUUCUGACCAGGACUUGGGAGAACCAGACCCUCCUGACAAGGGGUGGCAGCUGGGAGGGGCCUGUGGCCUCUGGGGAGUGUCAUUUGAGACAAGGAAGCAGGGAGUGCUGUAGCUCUGUCCACUGUCUGUGUGCUUGCGCCAGAGUCUUGUCAUGGGAGACGAGAGGGUGAGCCAUCCACCCUUCACCACAGGCAGCCUGGCCUCCCUACGUGGGGGCAGGAACCCCUCAUGGGUCUGCUGUAGGAGAAGGCCAAGAGCUAGGGCUUCGAGGGGCUCCCCAAGUGCAGCAGCAAGGCCCCAGGAACUUCCCUGUGUCUAGCCCCCUCUAUGGCCUCAGCAGCCAUGAAAGCUCUCAAGGAAGGACUUCUGGCAGCUGUGUUUCAGGGCCACCUGGCUCUUCCUCCUCUUCUCUUGGCAAAGGUGGGCACCCCCUCUCAUCCAUCUGAUGAGGCAACGAAGUGGGGUCUGUCCCCUGAAGCUGUGGAUCCAGGCCACCUUUCAUAAGAGAGCUCCACCGAUGACCCUCCACCCUCCACCAAACCCUGCCCACAGAAGGCGUCAGGGCAGGAACUCUCCACCAGCAGGGAUCAGCAGGAAACUGGGAGCCAGGCAGGAGGAAGCUGCCUUUCCCUCCCCUCUGGAGGUGCUGUGACCAAAGGUUUGGAGCCCCGGGCUGGUGGAAGGCACCCCACUAGCUGCCAGCAAGGCAAUGAUUAAUUAGGCCUGGAGAGGAUCCCAAGGGUUCUGAGUGGGAGGGCGUCUGGGGCAGGCACCUGGCAGACUCCUGCUCUCUGAAGGUUAUAAGGGUCAGUGCAUGAAAAGUCUGAUACAACUUUAUGGGCCCUGUUCUGCCAAGGAGGGAGAUAGCAUCGCUCUUCUCAAGGACCUGCAAAUAGCCCUUCCCAGCUAAACAAACAGAGACCACGGUUCCUGACACAUCUGGGGAGAAUGCUUGAGUUACUAAUUAAUCAGAUUAUAUAUACAUUCACUUUCUUUUUCUUACUAAAAAGUCAUAAAAUACACAUCACAUAGAAAGUACCGUCUUCAGCGACUCUAAGCGCACAGCUCAGGGGCACUAAGCACUUUCCUACUGUUGUGCAGCUGUCCCCAACCUCCAUCUCUAGAAUUUUCCGUCUUCCCAAAUGGAAACUCUGUCUUCGUGAAACAUGGAUCCCCUCCCUGCCCCCAGCCCCGGCGCCCAACACUUUCUGUCUCCGGGAAUCUGGGGACUCCAGGGACCUCGUGUGCAUGGGUCACACGGUGUCCGGCUUGUUUCACUGAGCAUCAUGUCCCCUGGGACCAUCCACGCUGUAGCAUGAAUUUCCUUCCUUGUUAAGGCUGAAUAAUAUUUCUUUUUAUUUAUUUGUUUAUUUUGAGAGAGUGUGUGUGUACCUGUGUGUGCAUGGAGAAGGGGCAGAGGGAGAAGGAGAGAAAGAAUUCCAAGCUGGCCCCACGCUGAGCUCCGAGCUUAACUCAGGGCUUGAUCUCACAACAGUGUGAUCAUGACCUGAGUCGAAAUCAAGAAUCGGAGGCUUAACCAACUGAGCCACCCAGGCACUCCACUGUGCCUGAGUUUGGGAGUCCGGUGACUGUUGGACAGACAUCUCAGCACUGGCUGACCUAGGCCAUUUGGGCCUGGGGCUUGGAUGGGGCUGGACAGCUCCCCUAGAACGUGGCCCUGAUCAACCUAGGAAGAGGUCGCCUUUCUGAGCCCACAUCUGCCCCCAAGUGCUAGUCCUAAGGGCCAGACUCCAUGGACCAGCCAGAGGAUUUCUGCUCCAGUGCGGAGUCCCGUGCCGCCACAGCCCGAAAAAUACUCCAGGAAACGCUGGAGAGGCUGAGCCAGGAGCAGCUGAAGCGCUUCCGCCACAAGUUGCGUGACAUGCCAGUGGACGGCCGGAGCAUCCCAUGGGGGCGGUUGGAGGGCAAGGACGAAUUGCACCUCGUGGAGGAGAUGAUCCAGUUCUAUGGGCCGGAGCUUGCACUGGACGUGACCCGAAGGACUCUGAAGAGGGCAGACAUCCGAGAAGUGGCAGAGCAUCUCAAGGACCAGCUGAAGGGGCUCGGCUCCGGCUCCUUCAUGCUGCUCUCCGUGUCCGAGUACAAGAAGAAAUACAGAGAGCACGUCCUGCAGCAGCAUGCCAAGGUUAAGGAGAGGAACGCCCGCUCCGUGAAGAUCAACAAACGCUUCACCAAACUGCUGAUCGCGCGGGAAGGCGCCGCCCCGGUGGCCGGCGCUCCGGAGCCCGCCGAAGAGCCGCAGCCACAGCGUGCUCGUCGCUCCGACACUCACACCUUCAGCCGCCUGUUCGGCCGCGACGAAGAAGGCCAGCGGCCCCUGACGGUCUUGCUGCAGGGCCCGGCGGGCAUCGGCAAAACCAUGGCGGCCAAGAAAAUCCUGUACGACUGGGCGGCCGGCAAGCUGUACCACGACCAGGUGGACUUCGCCUUCUUCUUGCCCUGCCGCGAGCUGCUGGAGCGGCCGGGCGCGUGCAGCCUGGCCGGCCUGGUCCUGGACCAGUGUCCCCGCCGCAGCGCGCCCGUGGGCCUCAUGCUCUCCCGUCCCGAGCGGCUGCUCUUCAUCCUGGACGGCGCGGACGAGCUGCCCCCGCCGGGGCCCACCGAGGGGGCCCCCUGCACCGACCCCUUCGAGGAGGCGGAGGGCGCGCGGGUGCUGAGCGGGCUGAUGGGCAAGACGCUGCUGCCCGGCGCCCGCCUGCUGGUGACCGCCCGUGCCACCGCCCCCGGGAGGCUGCAGAGCCGCCUGUGCUCGCCGCAGUGCGCAGAGGUGUGCGGCUUCUCCGACAAAGACAAGAAGAAGUACUUCCACAAGUUUUUUCGGGACGAAUGGGUGGCGGAGCGUGCCUACCGCUCUGUGAAGGAGAACGAGACACUCUUUGCACUGUGCUUCGUGCCCUUCGUGUGCUGGAUCGUGUGCACGGUUCUGCACCAGCAGCUCCAGCUCGGCCAGGACCUGUCGCGCACCUCCAAGACCACUACGUCGGUGUACCUGCUUUUCAUUGCCAGCCUCCUGAGCCCGGCACCCACCGCUGAUGGGCCCCAGGUGCAACAGGAGCUGCGGAAGCUGUGCCGCCUGGCCCGUGAAGGCCUCCUUGGGCACAGGGCACACUUCACCGAGAAAGAUCUGGAAAGAUUGGAACUUCAUGGCUCUAAAGUUCAGAUGCUGUUUCUCAGCAAGAAAGAGCUGCCAGGUGUGCUGGAGACUGAGGUCACCUACCAGUUCAUGGACCAGAGCUUUCAGGAAUUCUUUGCCGCGCUGUCCUACCUGCUGGAGGACAAGGGAAACCUCAGGGCACCGACUGACAGCGUCGGGGCGCUUCUGCAAGCGGACGCUGAGCAGCGCGGCCACCUCACGCUCACCACGCGCUUCCUCUUCGGGCUGCUGAACACAGAACGGAUGCGUGACAUCAAGCACCACUUCGGCUGUGUGGUUUCAGAGCAUGUGAAGCAGGAUGUCCUGCGGUGGAUGCAGGACCAGGGCCACCAGAGGGCGGCACUGGAGGGGACCAAAGAGACUGAAGCGCCAGAGGGCUCGGAGGAGCUGGAAGAGGAGGAGGGCGAGCUCAACUACCCACUGGAGCUGCUGUACUGCCUGUACGAGACUCAGGAGGACGCCUUUGUGCGCCAGGCCCUGCGCGGCCUCCCUGAGCUGGUGCUGGAGCGAGUGCGCCUCAGCCGCAUGGAUGUGGUGGUCCUGAGCUACUGCGUAAGGUGCUGCCCCGAGGGGCAGGCACUGCGGCUGGCUAGCUGUGGACUGGCCCCUGCACAGGAGAAGAAAAAGAAGAAGAGCCUGAUGAAAAGACUGCAUGGCAGCCUGGGUGGCAGCUCCAGCUCACAAGCCACCACGAAAAAACCCCAGGCUUCUCCACUGCGUUCACUCUUUGAGGCCAUGACUGACAAACACUGCGGUCUCAACAGCCUGACGCUGUGCCGCUGCAAACUGUCUGACUCUGUCUGCCGAGACCUCUCUGAGGCCCUGAGGGAGGCCCCCACCCUGACCGAGCUGGGUCUCCUCCACAACUGGCUCAGUGAGGCUGGCCUGCGUGUGCUGAGUGAGGGCCUGGCCUGGCCCCAGUGCCGGGUGAAGAAGCUCAGGGUGCAGCAGCCCAGCCUCCAGGAGGCGCUUCAGUACCUCAUCGGCCUGCUCAGGCAGAGCCCGGCAUUGACCACCCUGGAUCUAAGUGACUGCCAACUGCCAAGGCCCAUGGUAACCUACCUGUGUGCAGUCCUACAGCAUCCAGGAUGUCGCCUACAGACCCUCAGUCUGACCUCUGUGGAGCUGAGCAAGCAGUCACUGCAGGAGCUGCAGGAGGUGAAGAAAGCAAAGCCAGGUCUGGUCAUCACACACCCAUUGCUGGACAGUCAUCCCUAAGCCUCCCACAGGAUUCAACUCUGUCUUCUGAGGCCCUGAACGCCAGGAGGAGGACUCUAGUCAGCCCUAUGGAAUAGACGUCCUCAUCCCAAGGGCAGGAAGAUGUUGUUCUCUGCUCUGGGCAGCUCUUUUGAGCCCAGGGGACCCUGGGCAGGCAGGUGAGAGGCAAGGACACACAUGGUCUCUUACCUGGUCAGGCACAGGUUCCAGGACAUGCCCCUCCCCGCAUACCCUGGGCAGGUAUGGUACCAAGUUCUGUCUCUGUUCUCCUAACUCAACCCCCACCAUUGCUCCACCCACCUUUCUCUCCUGGGACCCGCUAGCCAUCCCCCGUCAGAUACCUCCAGCGACAAUAAUGCAGACAGCUCCUAGUCAUCAAGCCCCUGCCAUGUAUUGGCCUUGACCUGGUAUGCUCAGUGCAGUACGACCCCUUCACUGAUCCCAUCCCCAUCUGCACUGUGGGCCCCACAGCCCCACAGCCCCACAACUCUGCCGUUGGCCACAGGGGAUCAGGCAGGGGCUGGCUCCUGACCAAAGGUAGGCAGGUCACUAUUCCUCCCUAGGAACUUGGGUCCUGGCACUGGAAGUAAAGCCACCCCCGAGGCUGUGUGGUGCCAGCCCAGAGGUGUCCACUCACUGUCUAGGUCUUCAGAGAUGGAGACCAGGGGAGAGGGACCACAGCAGCAGCCUGGACUCCAGGCGGGAGCCGUGACAGCAGGGGCAGCAAGCAGCCUGUCCUCAAGCCCAAGUGCUAAUAAUACAUUCUCCUUUGGAUUCA